AUGACAUCACGGAAAAGGAACAGAGUUAUUGAGGAGGAGGAGAAGGAAACAAAUUCAGACUUUUCACUGGCUCCACCCGCUUCAGACGACGAAUUCGAUGUCGACAUCUCUGGUGCUCUCACAGGCAAGAGACCAAGAAAAGACGUUCCAAUCGAGAAUUACCCUGGUGAUGACGACGGCAUCGAAGAGUUAAUCCACGAUUCUAUCACGAAGCGAAAUAUGAAAGGCGGUAAAGGGAAAAGUAAGGGUGACACCGGAGGAGGAAGCUUCCAAAGCAUGGGUCUGCACCCAUCGCUUCUGCGUUCAUUGACACUCCAGGGGUAUCGCACACCCACACCUAUACAACGUGCAUCCAUUCCUGCCCUUCUUGCAUCUCCACCACGGGAUCUAGUCGGAAUGGCCCGGACUGGCUCGGGAAAGACUCUUGCGUACAUGGUACCUUUAGUACAGCGCCUUGGAGGCAGACAUGCACAUACCUUUGGAGCUCGGGCAAUUAUCCUAGUACCAGCGCGUGAGCUUGCCACUCAAGUUGUCAAAGUUGGGAAGGCACUUGUGCGAGGUUGGACAAACGAUGCUGCGCAGCAUGCAGGCGACGACGUUGAAGAUUCGUCAAAUGGAAAGGGCGAAAGCUUGCGCUGGAGUCUGAUCGUCGGCGGGGAGGGUCUGGAUGAACAGUUCGAAAUGAUCAGUAAUAAUCCAGAUAUCAUCAUCGCAACUCCUGGCCGUCUCCUCCACCUAAUCGUUGAGAUGUCACUUUCCUUGUCGUCCGUGCAAUAUGUUGUUUUUGAUGAGGCGGAUCGUCUUUUUGAGCUUGGUUUUGCUACUGCACUUACAGAGAUCCUUGCUCGCCUUCCCGUGUCUCGUCAGACCCUUCUUUUUUCCGCGACCCUCCCGAAAUCGCUCGUAGAGUUUGCCAAAGCAGGUCUAUCCGACCCCAAACUUGUGCGACUAGAUGCAGAGUCCAAAAUCAGUUCUGACCUACGAAUGGCAUUUUUUUCUGUCAAACAAGCGGAGAAAGAUGCAUCUCUAUUGGCACUUCUCCGGGAUGUUAUCAAAGUCCCCUAUGGAAGCACCGAAUCAUUCAAGGAAGAUGACACCGAAUCCUCAGGUAAACACAAGAAGGGGAAGUUCAGGGCCAAACAUCCAACCCAUAGUGCGCCUCACCAGACGCUCGUGUUCGCAGCUACAAAACACCACGUCGAAUAUCUCUCUGCGCUCCUCACCACAGCCGGCUACGCUGUCUCUGCUCUUUACGGCUCACUGACCCAAUCUGCUCGGACAUACCAAAUGAAUCAGUUCUUGGCGCAAAAGACCAGCAUAUUGGUCGUCACGGACGUUGCAGCCCGUGGCCUUGAUAUACCAGUUCUCGAAAACGUGGUAAACUACGAUUUCCCUGUCGGUGCAAGGAUAUUCGUUCACCGCGUGGGUCGCACGGCCAGAGCUGGAAGAAAAGGUUGGGCAUGGAGUCUCAUUACCCAUGGCGAGUUGCCAUAUCUCUGUGACCUGCAACUCUUUCUUGGUCGGCCGUUGAUCACUUCGUCUUCAUCCAUUCCUGCAUCGGCUACGACGUCAGAAGAGCCUUACACUCAAUCACUACUCUUUGCUCCAUUUCCACGGGACCUAAUGGAUUCAGAGGUCGAGUAUGUUCGCACACUAGACGAGUCACAAAAUACGCUGCCAACCCUACGCGCAGUCAUGGGACGUGGGCACGCAAUGUAUGAGCGAAGUCGUGGAAAGGCCAGCCCGGCGAGUUAUCGACGUGCAAAAGAACUCGGACGUAGCGGACAGGAAGGUGUCGUACAUCCCGUCCUCACGUUGAUGCAGGACGGCGAUAACAGAAAAGAAGACACGAGAGAAAUGGAGGAGAAGCGUGCCGCGAUCGUCCGUGCGGUUAGCGCAUUCAAGCCUGCUGAGACGGUGUUCGAGAUUGGUACUCGUGGAAAAGCGGCGACUGCUAAUACUGUACUUAUGAAAGAACGGAGGAAGGCGCUUGCAAAGGCCGUAGAGCGGGCCGGAGAUUCAGGGCCUAGCCAUUCUGCUAUUGUCAACACAGACCAAGGCGGUGACGACGGUCUCGGGGAAGCAGGAGAUGGUGACGUGGAAAUGGCGGACGAGGAAGAUAUUGCGGCUGUUUUCCAUGUCUCUAACAAGAGCAAUAACUUCCGCGAUGAGGAUUAUUACAUGUCCCACUAUCAAAAAGACGCCAUAACCGAAAAAGGCUACUCGCUCACAGAUGGAGCUUCUUCCUUUGCCGCUCAAGCUCAGGGUGCCAUCCUCGACCUUGCAGGAGAUGAGGACACUAUUGGUUCGCGCCAACGCCACCAGAACAAGUUGUCAUGGGAUAAGAAAAAGAAGAAAUUCGUCAAAGGGGGCGGAAUUGGCUCUGACAACAUGAAACUUCUGCGAACGGAGAAUGGCACUCAAUUGCCUGCUACAUAUAAAAGUGGCCGGUUUGACGACUGGAAGAAGAAAGCAAGGGUGUCGCUGCCAAAGAUUGGAGAAAGGGAGAUGGAACGGAGAGGUGCUGGUGCGGUCGGGCCUGGAGGGAGGAGAUGGAAACACAACAAGGUCACAGAGGCCAAGCCAUUGGACAAGCUCAGCAAUGAUUACGAGCGCAAAUCGAGGCAACUCAAGAAGAAAGAAGAGAGUUUCGCAGGGGAAGCAGGCGAGGCAAAACCAAAAAGUCCUGGUAAAGCGAAAAAGAUCAGAAGUGGCGGGCGUUUCGGAGGGAAAUCAGUGGGCAGAGUCAAGACCGAGAUCAAGACAGUCGACCAGAUACGCAAAAACAGGAUGGUUGCAGAACGGAAGAAGGCUAAGAAUGCUCGGCCCAGUCGCAAAGGAAGGAGUUGA